ACAUAAUGAUUUCAUGUGAAAAAAAAAACUUUUCAGAUGGGGAAGCUAGUGAGGCUUUGGCGUGGUGAGUGGCUCAAGGAAGAAAACGGCGCUUGGAAUUUUCAUGCUGAUCCUACUGACUUUGGGUUCGGGGCGAUGAUAAGAGACGAUGAAAGUUACGAGUCUUUACUGAACGUGGCGAGGAUGAGGUACGUCGUUGGACAAGGGACUCUGGUUGUGCUGUCUUACCAGUUUCCGUCAUGGAUUCUCGGUCCACUUGGGAGGCGGUCUGUGCCGAUUAGCAUCACAACAACCGCUGACAUACCAGUCAUGCUAAGUGUAAGGGAGUGGUUCACCAAGCUCGUGCUCGUCGUGACCAUAGGGGCUGAAAGCGUCGCUAGAUACCAUUACAACCGGAGAGACAACUUCGUCGUCGGCCGGAAGCGGUAUGUUGUUGACGGAACUCAAGACGAGUAUGCAAGAAGGGAGUUUCAAAGGCUCGUUGUUGGUAGAAGGAAGACAUGCAGCAGAUCCGUCUUGGAGGAUAUUUUUAACGAGCAUGAGAUGAUGGUUCUGCAUAGGGUUGAUCUUGAGAUGGACCUAGCCGACAGACUUCAAGAAGAAGCUGACCGCCGCUACGAAGCUAUUGCACGUGAAGUGAUAUUGGUGGAAGACGACGACGAUGAAAACAUGGCUGAUGCGCAGACAGGUGGGGAGAAUGAUCCUGUGGCCAUCACGGAUCCUACGCAGUUGCCCCUGACGCAGCCGAGCACUGACCCAGCUGAGCCACAAGCAAAUAUUGGAGCGCUGCCGUUGACGCAACUAGCUCCAGCCCUCCCGAAAAUUACUCAAACUGAGGGCAGAAUCUUCAGGCGAAGUACUAUGGAGACAGCGAUGGAUUUUUGGGAGGGUCUCAUGGGUGAAGACCUAGUUCUCCCCGAUGGAGUGGAGCCAGAUCGGGCCGUAGUCGAAGGUGAAGGACGCGAAGAGGAGACAAUAAGACUCGUGGAUGAUGGACUAGUUGGCGCAGCUCAGAAAGAAGAUGAUUCUUCCUCCACUGGCUCGUGUGUGGGUUUGGUUGUGGAGGUCACUCCGCCUGUAUCUGUGCCGCAUGGGACAAUAUGUUUUCUACAUUUAUGUUAUAACGAUUGCAAGGUUAUCCAAACAAAGAUUAAUACGGCCUCCGGUUUGCAUGCAGCAUCUAAUCGUGGAUCUAGCAGCCAAGUGCCUGCGCCCGUUGUGGCGUCUGGGAGUGGAAUUUCAGUUGGACAAAAAAGUCAGGACCAAACUACUGUGGUCGUGACAACAGAGCUCGGCCUAACCAUUGACUGCGGUGGUGUGGCGGAUCCCGGCCCCCAGGAUGUGGCAACUAAGAAACCAAACUCAUCGUCUGAUGAAAGUGGAGAUGAUGGCUAUGUGGGAUCAGGUGAUAAAGACCUUUUCGUUGGAAAGACUUUUGAGAAUCGAGAUGCAUUCAAGCAUCACAUGGCUUUGUAUGCUAUCAAAAACAAGUUCGUCUAUCGUUGUGCGAAAUCAUCACCUUCGGUUAUGGUGCUCGAAUGUGUUGGUCUGACAUGCACUUGGCGAGUUUAUGCAGUGCUGGUCAAGGGUUCCAAUAUGUACGAGGUCCGUAAGAUCGGUGGUGAGCAUUGUUGUAGUGUUGAUGAGCGAGCUGGGUACCAAAGACAGGCGACAUCAAGCGUCAUUGGAGGGUUGUUAAGGCAACAGUUCAGUGGAACAGGUGCGGGUCCGCGCCCCGGUGAUAUCAGACAGGUUAUGAGGGGGGAUCAUGCUGUUAACAUCUCUUAUUGGAAAGCUUGGCGUUCACGCGAGCUGGCGGUGGACAUAGCCAAGGGAUCGUGUGGUGCUUCGUACAAGAGCCUUCCCAACUAUUUACAAAGGCUGGUUGAGGCUAAUCCAGGGACCAUUACCCAGUUACAUACAGAAUACGUGGAAGAGUUGGGGUACCGCUUCAAGUAUAUGUUCGUUGCUUUGGGGGCGUGCGUGAAGGGUUUUCAAUAUAUGCGGAAGGUUGUGGUCGUGGAUGGCACACAUCUGAGAGGGAAGUACGCGGGUUGUCUCUUGACUGCUUCUGCGCAAGAUGGGAACUAUCAGAUCUUUCCCCUAGCUUUUGCUAUAGUCGAUGGGGAAAAUGAUAAGUCGUGGGAGUGGUUUUUUCAUAAGUUAUCGUCGUUCGUGCCUGACAAUGACAGUGUGGUGUUCGUUUCAGACUGA